UAAAUCACAUUUUUACCUAUAGAUGGAAUUAAUUAGAGCCAAGAACUUAACUAACUAUAUCCUGUCUGGUUCAUGUAAGCAAUGCCAAUCGAUGCAUAUGAAGAGGCGAGAGAUAGAAAUAUCAGGAGUAACAUUGAAAAAUUGAAAUCUUCUGGCGUAUAUGAUGCAAAACACCUUCUCAACCAGUUGUCUACAAGAAAGAAAAAUGAUUACAGAAUAGUUGCAAGGAAGAAAAAAUUCAGUGAAGAAUCUGCAUCGGACUAUGAACCCUCUGCUGAUGAGAACAACCAAUCUGAAGAAAGUGAAACCAAUUUAGAAGAGGAAGAGGAAAUGACAGUGAUGUACAAAUCAUCUAGGUCCAAGGUUUCAAAAAGCUCUCAAAUGGCUCCUGGAUCAAGACAGACAAAGGCAUCAAGAAACCCCCAAGGUGCUAGACCAUCAUCUAUGUCGACAAGGUCAAGGUCUGAACCAUCAGCCAAUACACAUGUUCCUCAAGAAAGGAGUCAAGCUAGAGUUGAGGAAGAGCUUAUUCCACCAUCUGCAUUUGAAUCAAGGGAAGUGAACACACCACUGCUUUUGAGGUCCAGUCGUCCAAUCAGUGAUGCUAAUGAAGGAACUUGUAGCAUGAGUCCAAUGGACCAAGCUAGUGAUAUUGCUGGACAGGACAUGCCGAUUCUUGAUGAAGUUCCACCUGAAAGGCCUAAGAGAGUUCGGGAUCCGACCUGGGGAAGAGGGCUCAACAAGCUUACUAACGCUAUGGGUUCGAAAAUGUGCCUUGCAUUUGUUGAAGGGAAGAAACGACCUGAACAUCCAGUGCAAGCAGCAAAGCUAGCUUCAGAGUCAGGCAUACUGGUCCGGAACCAUAUGCCUAUCUACCCGCAUUGGAAGGAUUACAAGAAGAAAAUUGAUACAGAUGUCCAAAAAGAUCACCUAGGAUAUCUAGCUAUUCGCUUUAACUUGGAUGUUGCUGAUAACACAACAAAAAAAGUGUGUUCGGGUCUCCUCAAAGAUGGAGUGCGUCAAGAGCGUUAUAAACUGAAAAGAGAUUAUUUCAAUGGUGUUCCUGAGGACCAAGUACUAUCAAACAAACCUCCAAAUACUAGUCAACAAGACUGGGCAAAACUUGUGGAGAAGUGGAAUAAUCCUAAACACAAGGCAACAUGUGCAGUGAACAAAAGAAAUCGAGGAGAAGUUAAGCUUCACCAAACCACAGGCUCACAAAGCUAUGUUGCUAAGAGAUAUUGUGUGAGAGAGCAAGGUAAUGGGGAAGAACCUGAUUCUGUGGAUCUUUUCAAGGCAAGCCACUUCAGUAAGACAAAGGGUUAUACUGAUGUUGUACAAGAAGUAAUUGAUGCCAUGGAAACUGCAAGGGAUGAAACACCAGAAGAAGGUGAAGAACCAAAACCUAUAGAUGAGAUUGUGGGUGGAGUUCUAUCCGAGUACAGUUCAUCAAGCAAAUUUCUAGAAAACAUGGGUAUUCGUUCGGCCGGAAGCCAACCAAUCAGCACUAACACUUCUAGUGCACGCAUGAGAGAGCUUGAAGAAAUAGUUCAAGUCCAAGCUUUGCAGAUCGAGAAAGCUGAAAGAAAUGAACAAGAUCUGCGUGCUACUAUUAUUUCUCAACAGGAAAAAAUAACAGAUAUGGAGCAGAAAAUGGAAGAGACAAAUGAGUCAAACAAAAGAAAUGAAGAGCAGCUGGCCAUUCUCAAGCAGAAGCAAGAAACUACUGAUUCUCUUAUUUUACGUCUGAUUAGCCAAUCACCAAUCAGUUAAAUUCAGGUUGACCAUCCUUCAUUCUAGUGGUACUAUAUGAUAGAUGUUUAAAGCCAUGCUAAUAUUUUGUACUUGUGCUGCUGGUGACCAACUAGGCCAGUGUUGCCUUUGCUUUUGUAAGAACUAUAUAGUUCAACAGUGAACACUCAUGUAUGAAACAAUGGCAUGGUUGACAUC